CUUCAUCCAAAGCGUCAAUCGGAGUGGUUCAAGGUUAUGCCACGUCUCCCUCAUUCUCUCCUGCUACGCGCCCGUAAAAUCUCUCCGCUGCUUCCUCUGGUGCUGCGUGGAACGCGCACGUGGGACUCGGCAGUCAAUGAACUGCGAUGGCUCCGAGAGCAUGUUGAACAGACCACCACGACCAGAGACUCGCUUCUUUCGCCUCACAAAAGGCUUCGAAUAUUAUGUGAACGGAGAGCCAAGGGCGAGCCUUUGCAAUACAUUCUCGGCUCCCAGCCAUUUGGCGAAUUGGAUAUCAUAUGCGAGCCAGGUGUCCUGAUUCCUAGGUAUGAUCCGAAUUUGAAACCACAAUGGAGACUAUCCAUGACUAACAAGUUCUGCCAAUGUAUCAAGGCCAGAAACGGAAGCCUAUACCGAGUACUUGGCUCAAUUCAUCAACCAACACCAUGUUGUCUUCAAAACCAUGACAGGCGCCAGCCUCAAUCCGUCGACUAAGAGCACUUCUAAUCCUCUGCGGAUUGUGGAUUUAUGUUCUGGAACUGGCUGCAUUCCGCUCCUCUUGCACUCCCUGCUUUCAAACACAUUCACAGCUCUUCAAAUUCAAGGAUGGGAUAUUUCCCAAACUGCUGUUUCUCUGGCGCGGAGAAACUUCCGUGAAAACGUCAAGAGGGGCUAUUUGAAUGCUUCUCCAAGGAUUUCUUUUGAGGUUGUUGACAUAUUUUCGAACCUUACUUCAGACCAAAGAGCCUCUUUGAAAUGCGACAUUCUCAUUUCAAACCCGCCGUAUAUCUCAAACGAGAGCUUCAACCACGAAACGACUCGUUCUGUGAGAAAUUGGGAGCCGAAGUUGGCUCUUGUCCCUAAUAUUUCCUGUUCCUAUUCUGUUUUGCCGCAGGAUGUUUUCUACGCCCGCCUUGUUGACUUCCACUUUAAUUUGGGCCAGUCAAAAAUUCUGUUAAUGGAAAUUGGUGACGACGAACAAGCCAUUCGAGUUGUCAAGAUACUAAUGGACAAUCUGAAAAGAAGCACUGGUAGUGACCUCCAAAACAACUCAAUCGAGAUAUGGAGAGACUGGCCCGGCCAAGCAUCUGAUCAAGGUGAAAAGCAAGAGCUGGUGAUCGAAGAGGUGUCUGUUCCUGUUAGAGGUUCGGGCGCUCUAAGAGCUGUUGUAUCAAUGCGAAAGAGUUUUCCGCUGAACUGUUAA